ACCACACCCCACCCCGCCCCACCCCCUCGCGCUCUAUCGCACGCUCCGCGACCAAGCUCCACUAAAAUGAGAAUCGCAGGCGUCAGUCUGUUUUCAGCUUUCGCUCGGCUACCUUCUCUGAUUCGCGUAAGUGCAGCGGCAACUGCACCGACACCUGUUUCCGGGCACGUCAAAAGCUUCUGCGCACCUGUUUCGACACGAUUGCUGCACAGCCAAUCAGCCGGGAUGAGUCUGCCGGAGCGUAAGCCCUUCACGCCGGAUUUCUUUUUUCGGCAGCUGUUCGAUACGGAGAGCAGCACCUACAGCUAUCUGCUGGCGGAUGUGGGCGCCAGGGAGGCCGUCAUCAUAGAUCCCGUGCUGGAGCAGGCCAAGCGCGACGCGCAGCUCGUAAAAGACCUUGGCUUCAAGCUGAAAUACGCCAUUAACACGCACAUGCACGCGGACCACAUAACGGGCAGCGGCUGGCUGAGGCAGCUGACGGGCUGCCAGUCGGUGAUCGCAGCGGCCAGCGGCGCCAAGGCGGAUCGCCAUAUAGAGGAGGGCGAUCGCAUCGAGUUCGGACGCCACGCGAUCGAGACGCUGGCCACGCCCGGACACACCAACGGCUGCAUGAGCUACGUGAUCAACGAGCAGGGCUGCGUCUUUACCGGCGACACGCUGCUGAUUCGCGGCUGCGGACGCACCGACUUCCAGGAGGGCAGCUCGCAGAGCCUCUAUGAGAAUGUGCACGCCAAGAUCUUCAGCCUGCCGGACAACUAUCGCAUCUAUCCGGCGCAUGACUACAAAGGUCAGCUCGAGAGCAGCGUGUGGGAGGAGAAGCGCUACAACCCGCGACUGACCAAGAGUAUCGAUGAAUUCAUCAAGAUCAUGGAAAACCUAAAUCUGCCGUAUCCCAAGAAAAUCGAUGCUUCGGUGCCAGCCAAUCGGGAGUGUGGAGUAUACGACAUACCCAAGGAGUAGGAACUGGAUAAGGACUUUAGAUAUACUAUAUAUAGUAUAUGGUUAAAUAUACUGACUCCUUAAGGGGAAAUGGAAAUCAAAAUAUGGCUCAAAAUAUACCUAGGAUUACAUCUUAUACUGACUGCAAUAUCCCCAGAUACCUUUUUCUAUAGUCCCAUAUAAUUAUUAUAUAUUUUUCGCAUUCGCAUAAUAAUUACCAACUAUGUAUUGAAA